AUAUUGACAAAUUUCAAUCAUUUCAGUUGAUAUUUUCCGCAGCAAAAUGCAUUGUCUUGCUUUUCUUCUAAUCUCGUUGGACCUAAUAAAGGCAAGAGAAUUGGGUAACUGUGGUGUGAAAGGGGAUCAACUGCAAUGUUGCAAUAAUUACAUGUUAAAGAACGGAAAGUGUAUCGAAUGUCCACCUGGUAAAUUUGGCAAAAGCUGCUCGGAAAAUUGUCCAGAUGGGUACUAUGGGAAGUUCUGUAGCAGCAAGUGUACUUGCUCUGAGGGACAGAUUUGUUACUACAAGAAAGGCUGCAUCCAGAGUCCAGAACGUUCCAAAGCAAACUAUGAUGCCUGUUUACAGAACGAACCGAGGAUGGGGAACAGAAGCUGUUGCGUGAACGAGAGAACUGUGGGAAAUCAAUGUCAAGAGUGUUGGAAAGGGUGGUUUGGCAAAGACUGUAAAUACCCAUGUCCUAUACGUAGAUAUGGGCGAUUCUGUCUGGGGACGUGCAACUGUACAAUGAAUGAAAUCUGUAACCGAGAGACUGGUUGUAUAGAUACAACAGAUGCUACGACGAGUAAAAGCCCAGAUGUAGGUAAUAUGAUGGUGUUGUUGACUGGGGUUAAUGGAAGUAGUUUGAUCCCGUGGGAACGGGGUACAUUCUGCAUUUAUUAUUACUUUCUGCUGGUGAAUCCUGUAACACAUCUCCAGAUAAAACCCAGCGUGUGGUUGUAAGCGACCUCAAUCUAAAAAGCAAAGAUUAUUUGUUCCGUAGUCAUCAACCUCUGUAGCUAUUGCUAACUUGUUGUACUUUUAUUACUUUCAGACGUCAACAAACAAAUCACUAUUGGUUUACGUCAAUCACGCGGAGACUACUAUAUCUAUUCCGUACACAUUUAGUGGUAGCGAUUAGUCAACAGACGAGUUAUUUCCCUUUUCAUGCUUACUUGCGGACUGGACAGUAACUCCCUUAGAAAAAUUUAAAAAAAAAUCCAUAAAUGCACACCACACAAUGAACGGAAAUCCGUAAGCUACUCAGUUUCUGAUGUUACUCGUGUAUGACGACGUCAUAUAGUUUUUCAGGUCACAGCGUAUUCUACAUGAGUGAAAUCAUACAAGGGACAAUCCCAAUGAAGAUUUCCUAUCAGUAUAGAAACAUUCUGAUCCCAAUAUGUUUCUAUGUUUUGGUAUAGAAACAUGUUGAUCCCAAUGCGGUUUGGUAUAGAAACAUUCUGAUCCCAAUAGGAUUUGGUAUAAAAAUGUCCUGAUUCCAAUAGGGUUUGGUACAGAAACGUUCUGGUCUGGAGGUUACAAAACUUUUACCGUACUCAUACUUAAACUCAACCUUGUUUGUUUUGAGUACAACUCUGAGCAAGCUUCCAACACGUACUCCAUUUGAGUAUGAGAAUGAUUUUAUAAAAGUUUUAUAACCUUCAUGUUUGAGUAUGAGUAGGAUUAAUCAUUUAGAGCACGGAGUUUGAGUAUGAAAAUGUGCUUUAAUAAGCUUUAUAACCUCCAGGCCAGAUCCCAAUGCGGUUUGCUAUCAAAACGUUCUGAUCCCAAUAUGGUUUAGUAAAGAAACGUUCUGAUCCCAACACCGUUUUGGUAUAGAAAGGUUUUGAUUCCAAUGUGGUAUGGUAUAGAAACGUUUUGAUCCCAAGACGGUUUGAUACAAAAACGUUUUGAUACUAAUAAGGUUUGGUGUAAAAGCUUUUUGAUCCGAAUACAUAUACAUGUAGCAUUCCAGAUUUCCUAACCCCCUCUUGAUCUAACUCAAAUUUGGUAUUGACAACGUUUGUGAAGAUUCAUUAAAUUUGUGAGAGCUAGUUUUCGUGGAUUGUCAAGAUGUGAUACUUUUGCUGCAUGUAAUUUCCCAUUUAUGAUGUUUAGACUGAAUUGAAGUAUUCACGAAAAUUGAGCCCCACCAAAUCUAAUGAUACCACAGUAAUGAAACAAAAGUAAUUAAAGAUCUUAUCGCUUUUGCUGCUAUAAAUUUCUGUUAGAUAAUAACAUUUGGUACGAUUUCGUUAUCUUCACCUUUCGUAUUAACUUUUGGUGUAUUUUAACUCAAUAAGAUUUGAUAAAAUAUUAACUUUCCGUAGGAUAAUAACACAAGAUAGUAACUUUUCGUACGAUAUCUUUACUUGUAGAUCAUGAAAACACCACAGGAAGUUUUGCAGAUAUGAAACAAGGAUUAUCUGAGAAAUCCUUCUUGAUUGUUAUCAUGGGUGUCAGCAUUGGGAUAAUUGUCACUGGCAUAGUGGGGAUUGUUGUACUAAAGAGAUUGACAAUGUUCAGAUGUGGGGAGACAGUUUUUAAAGAGCAUAAAGAUAAGCGUUUGCCAAGCAGGAACGAGCUUACAGCGACAGCGUUAUCGUCGACAACCAUUACCGACCACAGAGAAAACCCAACAGUGAAAGUGUCUAAUGAACCUCGUCUGACAUCAACAAAGAGCCGCACAUUAGGUCCUAGUACAUAUAGCACAUUGCAAAAUCCCUCAAGUUCACAAGACCUCAAAAACACGAACAAGCAAAAAAGACCCAUGCUUAUAUUGGAAGAAAGUUGCACGCAUCGAAUGAAUGGGAAAGCAUCCACCUUGCCAAUAUCUGGAUUAAAAGAAACAAGAGUUCCAUUUAACAUCCAAGAUAGGCGACCAAGGGAGGAUUAUUUGGAGGAAAUGCAAUCAGAAAUUUUGAAACCUGAAGGGGGAAUACUAACCUUUGAGACUGAUGUCGAGAGUAAAAAAUAUAAUCGUUCAAAAUACACAAUUGAUAAUGAGAUCAGGGUAAAUUGUGAACUGCACGAUUUUGUUUCUACAAAGAAUGAAACACCCAAAACGUCUGACGAUCUGAACUCCAACAGAUAUAGCCUAGUGAAACGUAUGUAAGGUUCCGUUAUUCUCUACACAUUGGAGGACUUUCACAGCAAUGUAUUUCCAAGGAUAAAAUGUCCUAGUGCGAGUUUGGGAGCAAAUCUGGUUUUGGAAUUCUAUGUAAAUUUAAAAAAAAAUGUUUUCAAAGAAGUAAGACCUCUAUUAUAUAUAUGCAUUGCAUACAUUAAAUUUCAUACAUUUGACAUUACCGGACCUCUACAUUUUUCCUAGGAAUGGAAUACUAGAUUAUGAUAUGAUUUUGAUAUGUGUCUACCUUGAGUUUUCAAAUUGUACCAUUAUUAUAUUAUUCCAAAUUCUUUCACGUAAAGUCUUUCAAAACAGUGUUUCAACGUGUAACUCGGUUUAUUUCGAUUCAGUCUUGAGUAUCGAUAGACCUUGUGUUUCUAAAUCGUACGUUAUUAAAUCUUUUCCCGUA